GCUUCCUGACUUCCUGACUUCCUGACUUCCUGACUUCCUACUUCCUGACUUCCUACUUCCUGACCUUUCUAAUCACCAACCCCAGCAGGCAUCCGCUCCACUUUCUCCAUCGGCCAAGGAUUACGGACUUAUUGUACACAUGAGCUUACUUGCAGCUGCUUAGCACCUCGACGCCAUUUGUUGGAUAUCUUCAGCCUGGACGUCCUCUUCCUGUGCCUGCCUUGAAUUGUUCAUUUGUGUCGAGUAUCACCGCAAUUGAACGAGCUUGAUCAUCGAGGGGACUCUGUUGCCGCUGAGUAUAUGUGUGCAUAAUUUCACGGCACUUUCUCCAAUUCUCUCCGUCCCACUCCCAGCCGGCGAUGCUGCCUAGGAACCGACUUGCCAUAUAAAACCGAACCUCUCUUGCUGUAUCAACAGUCAAGUUGCUGCCACAGCUCACACUGCUCAACUCUUUAUAUACUUGGUCCUCGAGGGAUAGCUCUGGGCAGUGUGAAGCGUUGUCAGGGCGGGGUGCACUGUGAAUGUGGAGAUAAGCAGAGGUGUAGCCUGUACCGCUCUAUAUGGUCAGCAGUAGUCCCACUGCUAUGAAUUGGGGACCACAAACGCAGACCUUUGGCGACCCGAAUGCCCAGACCCCGACCCCUCAACAGACCCCGACUUCAGCUGCCUUUCGAGAGAGUGCUUUGGGAACACCACAGGGAAAUAUAAACGCAUUUGACACCCAGUCUGGUUGGACACCAACAUUUGCCGAGGACUAUACAGUCUUCAAUGCAACUCCUGGCCGCCUCACAAAUACACAGAGCACAUUUGAGCCUUUCUCACCUGGUAACCCCACACUGGGGUCCUCAGCUCAUGAGGGAGUGUUUGAGAAUUCAGACACGAAGACGCCAAACAGACCAAACCAGCGUCUCCCGGAACCACUCAGUGGCCAGACAGCAACGCCGCCCCAGUCUACUGCGAAGGACUUGAAGAAGGAGAGACUUAGGCUGGAGAAGUCAAAUAUGCAACAUGAUGAGCCCUUUCUCCAAUCGGGGAUUAUGGGCCAGGAUGACUUUCUCGACUUUACUCAAUCCUCAGGUAAUAUGUUUUCUUAUCCCAUGACUGCUCCUGUACCAGUCCCUGCGUACCUGAAUGACGACAAGUCGUUCUGGGACCCUGAUAGCAGUAUGGCAGAUGUCUCAAUGGACUUUAUGGCUGAAGAAUCAUUCUAUGGAACAUCGCAACGAGUAGGCUCUUCGGAAGACUGGCCUCAAAGUCACCAAGCGUCCCAAGACUCCUUAGGAACUGUCCCUCUUCAACAACACGGAUCACAACCCCUUAGGCGGCACCGGCCAUUAAUGGCCAAACCCCCUGCCGCAAGCAGCGCAGUGCAAAGCUUGUCUAAUACUGCUUUCGACUUCAGCAUAUCGUCCAUGCCACGGGACCCCUUUGCGGCCGAUGUUUCCAGUGGUGUUGUCAACCCAGGACUUAUUUUCGGCUUCCCAGAAGUAACAUCGCCACUUCAUAUCAACCGGAGCAAUAGCAGACCUGCCCCCCAACGGUCCCGGUCGGCUGCUGGACUAACUAUGCAAGAACCAUAUGAACACCAAUACCGAGAGUCACUACGAGAAAAACCAGAGCCAAGGAGAUCGCGAUCUUUGAAGGAAAACAUACCCGAUCUAUCACAUGGCGGAGCUCGCUUUGGCUCUCCUGUAGAAGGCAACCGCCCAGGUCCUCGUCAUGUGACUUCUCACGAGAACCAGCCACCACCGAAUUUUGCAGGAAAAGGUGUGUAUAGUUCUGGAAGACAGUCACCCACAAAACAAGCCAGCCGGAUGAACCUUGCAUCUAUACCAGAAGCAGCUGGGCUCAACCCCCGGACUGCUGUGACUUUCAGUAUUGACGCACAUGGCCGAGCAAGGACCGAAACAACCAUAGUAGUGGAUGAUAGCAGGGCUUUUCGAAGAAUAUAUUCGCGGGCCUCGAGUGAUGGCUGGGAGUCCCCUCAAUCCGGAUCAUCAACGGAUGAAGAUCCCAUCACGAUACCGAGCAGGAACGCUUCGUUCAGUAUCCCUAACAAGCGGAGCAUGCCUAAGAUGGCCCAAUUCGAGACGUCGAGACAGCAUCGGUCGCGAAAGUCCGGAUCAGCCAAUUCGUCCUCUCAUGGAGAUUCGGAUAGCGAAUUUGAGACAGUAAUAGACGGCGGCAAAUCUGGAGAUGCCGCCAGUGCUCUCCGAAAAGCCAUGGGAAGUCGCCGAAGGAGCGUUAGCAACAUGGCAGGCACACAACUACAUGCAGCGUCCCGCACUUCAACACGUCAAAUUUUGGGGUCACAAGGCCAGUAUCAGCGCCAAUCAUAUGCUUACCAGCCAUCGUCGUCUAAUGCUUCACCGACAACCAUCAGCGAUCCAGAUGGAGAGACCCCUGCUACUGACCCGGGAAGCACCGGGAGCGAUAGCACCAGAUGUGUGUGCAGCAGUCGCGAUGGCGAUGAAUAUAUGAUCCAAUGCGAGUCUUGCGAGAAAUGGCUCCACUGCAACUGUGUCAAUGUUCACCCACAGCGCCUCCCCAAGGUCUAUAUUUGUGCAUUCUGCGUGCAGACUCCCAACAUGCGUGGCUCCCGUGUUCGAGGCGCCGUUAGGGCCAGUACUAUUCAGCUGGCUGCCUCACCGCUUGCGCAUAAAUCGUUUGAAUCUUGGCGGUGAUUCGAUUUUCUGUAUUGCGAGCGAAGUAGCGAGCAAAGCAUAUGUGUAUGUGCUAAGACGUUUUUUUUUAUCAGCGUACGAUACCCUUCCCACGACUUAUUUAUUAUCUUGUAGAAAGCAUAGCAAAGCAUUGUUCAGUUUUAGUAUGAUGGGCCGAAAAGGAAGAAUUUAUACGAGUAUUUAAGCGGCUUUUUGGACCUUUUGGACUUUUUGGAGAGAACAUAGCGAGAUAUCAUGUGGAAGGACGGACAAUGUCAUCUACAUCUAGGAAUAGGAUAGACAUAUGAAAUUUAUAAAUAAGAUUGG